AAUCAGUGAAGCAACUUUUGUCGACCAAAAUGGAACCACUGCCAGCUUCAUUUUACGGGAACAUGUAUAAAAGAAACCCAGUAAUAUCAGCGUUUGAUGGAGACAUAAAAAUAUUUAUGUCAUUUAUGAAACGAAUUAGUACUUUGCCAACCUACGACCACAACUCCUACGCAAGAGGUGCCAAAACUCUGUUUGAAAUAUGGAACAAGUAUAAACCUCGACUACCAACCAACUACUAUGAAGAACAGAUGCUGCAAAUGGCAGAUUUUCUUUUUGGCAUCAAGUUAUACAGGCUGGGUCUAUGGCAGGGCUACUGUCGCUACCUGCAGCAGUUCAGCACUGUGACCAUAGAGGACAUUAGGGAUGUUGACCACUUCAAGUCCUCCUUCUUCCCCAAGGGUUUCGACACAGACCAAGCCAAGCUGACGUUCCGGGCUCUGCAGGGCUGCUGCCUAUGUGCCUUCCAGCUGGAGAGGGAAAGAGGGAGCCAGCCCACCCAGAAGGGGGUCCAGAGACUCCUCAGCAUCCUGGGGUUUGUCAGGAUCAUGAUGCAGGCCGUGCUUCCCCACGAACAUCUCUGCUGGCUUCUUUACAAUGGUUCACUCCAUAUCUACAACAUCUGUAGAUACCUGAUGUCCAUGAGCCGCGCUGCACAGGCGAUGGAGUUCCUUCUGUGGGCCUGUAUCUGUCUGGAGACCUCCAUCCCCCUGAUGACUGCCAGGUUCCUGGCCUGGAGGGCAACUCUGUACUGUGCUGUGUGCCAGUGCUACUACGACAGCCAAGCCAAUGUUCAGGCAGAGGUGUUUGCACGACGAGCCCUGGGUAAAGUCUGUGAGCUGGGCAAGCUGGAAGAGAUGAGUGGUCUACCUGCCACCACUGAGACUCAGAGAGCAUACAAAGUGGCCACCAUUAAGCUAGCUACCAUGGUGUUUAAACGGUCGGUGUAUGAACCCAGGAGGAAACCUAAAGGCCUCUUCAGACACAAGCAGAAGAGUAACCUCAAGGAGAUUCAGAGCAUGCCAUGGCCUCGAACCCCUACAGAGCGACUGUUGAUGGAGCUGUUUGAGGGGAACGCUGCCCAGUUCCUGGCGAUAGUGGAAGCGCUGUGGGACACCUCCCGCCGCCCACUACAGACUGGCAUGCCUGAGGAGCCAGAGAUACAGGAGGUCUCCCUAGAACUCAUGUCUGCAGGCAUCAGUAUACUGUCUGGAAUUGGAGGGUCCACUGAGCGAGCCAGGGAUGACAGUCUCCCCACCUGUUUAAACGCAGUGACAGCCAACUUUACUCUGACGGACAUGGCGGCUGCUGGGGAGAACAAGGUGUCUUUGGAUGCAGCGGUGAAGUUUGUCAAGCUGCUGUUUCGAUAUGAGCAGUGGGACAUGUUCUGUAUCCUCUCUGACACACUGCAGCACACCGUACUGCCUAGAAUGGAGGGGAGGUCUUUCAGGAAGUCAGAGCUGGAGCUGAGGUUGCUGGACUCCAUGGAGCGCCUCAUGUCUACACAGAAGAUCAGACUCAACACCAAGGACGACACUGUGUCUGAGAAGGACAGGCAUCUGGGAGUGGUUAUGAGUGAGGAGUUUGUUGGUCUGGUGCAGGCCUUAUACAGCUGUGUCUGUGGUUCAGCUCAGGAUGUGCAACCUGACAGAGACCUGGUGAUGGAUAUAGUGCUGUACCUCUGGUCUAAAUGUAAGAUCAUUUUCCAGAGAGCCCAGGUUCGACACUGGGACCCUAUACACUUCCUGGGCAAGAUGGAGAACCUGGACAAGUGGGUGUGGACCCUGUCUGUGCUCAGUGAGGUGGCUCAUGUGUGUGAGCUGGCUGACUCAGAUCCCAUGGUGUUAGCUGAGAUGACCAUCAGGCUGGCCAUGGUGCUGGAGAGCACUGCUGACUCCACUGUCCAUUCAGGCAGGAAGACAGCCUCAAGCGAAGACGACAGCGUGGAGUCGACACCCACAGAGAAAAACACAGACACUUUUUCAAUGUUCAAGAAGUCGACAGCGGAGCAGCUGCAGUCAGUGUGGAACGUGGUAGAGAGAGGUCUGGAGGGAGUGAUCAGAGGCUGGACCAGACUACUGCCCUGUGAUGGAUCAGCCAUCUCUGACAUGGUCUUCAUGCAGAAGUUUGCUGGGCCGGCCAUGCAUUCCCCUGCAGGAGGAGGAGAGGGAGAGAGGGUGAAGAGUCCCUCCCUGUCUCUCUCUCUCUCUCUGGUCCCCAUGGACCUGCAUCUGGAACUGCUGUCUGUCCAGCACAGAGUCUCCCUCAAGCUGCUCAACACCUGGCCAGCUGAGCUGCAGCAGCAUGCUGGUGACAGUAGGAGAUCUAUGAGGCCCCCUGGUGGUGUGGAGAUACCUGAGAACAUGGCUGACAGAGCCAGAGGAGAGUCAGUGCUUCUGGAGCGGAUCAGAAAGAAUACGAUCUCCAUAGCUCUGUUCCUGGUCCAGAAGGCUCUGCUGUCCCACAGGAAGGACCAGAACAGCAGCGCCACCAAGAGACUGCUAGAGGAGGCUGUUGUCCUGAUAGAGAAGGCAGAGGUGGAGGAGAGGAAGCUGUUCAGCUCCUCUGGUCCGUCGGAGAGGAAGGAGAGAGGAGGAGAGGAGGAGAGAAACACUAGACCUCCUCCUCCUAUCCUCCUGUCCCGUACCUACCACUCCAUGACCUUCACUCCUGCACCCUACGCCCUGGAGGAACAGGUGUGCUGGUACCAUAUCUAUGCACGUGAGGCUGAGGGAAUCAACCUGAAAGUCAGACUAGGAGACAGCACCCUGGUGGGCACUGGAGACGAGGUUCCUGCAUCAGGGGAGCGACUGCUACGAGUGGACUGCUUGGAGCCGAACCAGAAGUAUGUGUUUGCUGUAGCAGCCUACGACGCCGGGGGUAAACUGGUGGGCAAUGCCAUUGGAGAGACAACCAGGCCUCUGCUAGCCUCCCUGCCUCUGCCACUGCUCACCACCUGGGCACACCUGGCACAGGCAGCGUACCAGACAGGGCAACACACUCUAGCCAAGAGAGCCUGCAGUGAACUGUGGAGCCAUUUCAACCAGCCUAAAGGUCUUCAAGAACCAGGGGCCACUUUAGAGGGGCUAGCUCAGACCAAGCUGCGUUUGGAGACUCUGCAGCGCUCCUCUCCUCUCCUCCUCCACCUCUUCCUCUCCUCCAUCCUUAUGCAGACAGAGAUCCACAUCCAGGAGGGUGCGCUGUUCUGUGACACCCUCAGUGAUGGGGGACCACUCAUUUGGGGACAGGAGGCCAGGUUGGCAGAGUGUGAGCGGAUGCUGGUGGCCAUAGACCUGGCUCUCUGGUUGAAUGACAGCAGCGCUGCCCUGCAGGCCGUGGUGAGGUGUUAUGGCCUGCUGGCCCCGCUCAUGUUUCACCAGAUCCCAGCAGAGCCUGUUGUACAGGUGCUGAUGAAGUGCCUGGCGGUGCUGACAGAGAUCUCAGGAGUUGUUAAACAGAAACGCCCAGCCACCACCUCAGAGUCUCUCCUGCACAUGAUAGCCUGUAUAACAUAUUAUGUUGCCAAGGCCCUUCGCACCCUGGAGAAGCACCGUUUGGCAGCAACAGUGAUCGAACAGGGAAAGAAACUCCUCCAUGAUAUCCUGGAGACCGUGCAGGGACCCAGUAAGCCCCUUCCAGUGGAGCCAGAUGGGUUGCUGAAGAAGGCAGGCAGCAUCCAGGGAGAGGAGGAGCAGAAUGAACAGAUGAAGGCUCUGGAGGGCAGUGCCAUGAAGAACAAGAGGACUGGAACCUUCAUGCAGCAUGACAGCUCAGCCUGGAGCAGGGCGGUGGCCCAUGGUCAUGAACUGACUGGACAGGAGGACCCCAUUCUGCUGUACCCCAUCGUCACCAACAGCCCUCUGAAGGCUGCUUUCAAAGAUUUGAUGAAGUUCAAGCGCAAGGCGUGCUUCAUGGAGUUUGCUGUGCUGCUGCUCCAGAGGACCAUGCAGGCAGACCAUCUAGAGCUGGUCCUGCAGUGGGGACACGACAUAUUUGGCUGGCUUAGCAGGAGGGAUGAGGGACUGACAGGGCCUAAGAAGGGCCCGGGGGACAGAUCAACCUCAGGGAAAGAACUGAAGAAGUACUCCUCCUCCAUCAUGGAGUACAAGAAGAACAAAGCUAGUACAUUCUGGAGUGACAAGAAGAGGAAGGAGUUUCUCCAGAAGAAACAACUGACUGCUCUGAAAGCACAGAACACAGAGAGGGAGUGUAAGGCGGUGGACACCAUGCUGAACCAGCUAGCCCCCCUGGUGCGCCGUCACCAGCGUCGGAGGCGUCUGAGACAGGUGUGUUCUGAGGAGUGGCUGUGGAGGUGUCACCUCAACCUUAGCAUCGCCAGGGCUCACCUGGGACUACUGAGAAGGAGCCUGGAGAACCACCAGGGCCUUGGGGCCCUACAACACAGCUACAGCCAGCUGCCUCCGUUGUUGUUCUCCCUGGCCCACUCUGGUACUCUGGUGAGGUGGAGGAACAUGCAUCAGCACAUCGGAGUCCCUGACCUGAUCCCCCCGCCCCCCAAAGCCACGCCCCGGCCCUGCCUCAGAGCCACCCUCCACAAGGCCAAGGAGAGUGGACAGGCUGCCGCCACCACCACCAGUGGAGAGGACUUCAACACGACAGAGAGCAGUGAGCAGGACAGUGAGCAGGACUCUCCCCGUACCCAGCCCGCUGUGGACUCGGACUAUAGUGAGCCCUCAGUGAUGACCACCACCCCGACCAGACGCACCGCCACUCAGCUGCUCGAGUCACUCAACAAGGCUGCCCUGCACCUCCGCAGAGCCAUGGUACUUGCCCAUCGUGGGGGCCACUGGACAACGUUGCAGUGUGUGUGUCGGACACUAUGGGACCAGGGCUGUACCAUCACUCUACUAGUAGACAGGGGUACAUCCAUGGAGCCCCCUAUCCCUUUAACAUUGGACCAGCUCUACACUGUCCUCACCCCUUUGUUUGAGCUGGCUACAGACCUCGUCAUGAACAUGAUGGAGACGAUGCAGCUCUGGCAGGUGUUUGAAUUGGAGGAUGAGGAGAUGGAGGCCAGCAUGCACUUCUCCGCACCUCUGGAUGACGGUACCCUGGUGGACCUGAGAUGGAUCAGGAGCCUCACCCUUCACACCCUUGAGCUGCUCUACCUUGAGGCUCGCUGGGAGACUCUGGCUCACCUCGCCCUGCUCUUCAACACACACACACGAGAGCGCUACACCCACAUGAUCACUCCUAUCCUGGUCCACGCUCAGAGGAGACUGCUAGAGAGGAUCAGCUACUUUGGAGGACCUCCGGUCCCUCAGCCACACUUCAUCAAAACGCAGAACAUCACUGGAGAGAAGAUCACCUGUAAGAARUAUACAGGGAGACAGCUGCUGAAUUGCUGGACUCCCCCUGCUGUGCCUGCCCCCAGACGAGGGUGCAACACUCCCACCAACCCAAACGCUGAGCUCCUCGAACUCUCUGAGGUGCGCCGAGCCAUGUGUCUGGUGUGUGUUCCUCUGGAUGUGGAGGAUACACUGUGUUGUUUCAGGGAGGCCCUGGAGAAGGGCCAUCACACUCUGCAGAACUUCCAACACAGCCGCACACUGCUACUACUGCUGCUGGCACACACACAGCCCUUGUUUGAGGUUCCAUUCUGUAAGGAGAACAGUAGCAAGGCUCAGGGUCAUGGCAGGGUGGACUUUAACGUGACGGUGUGCACUGCCCCGGCCAUCGGCCCUCCAGACCUGGCCACUGAGGACUACAGGACCCUGAGUUCUAUCUACGGCUGCCCUCUGCCCCCCAACCAGAUACACACCGUCAUCAACUCCUAUAGCAACUCCAUACAGUACCUUCAGGCCAACAACCAUGAGUCUCUCAGGGUACAGGCGCUACAUGACCUGGGAAACCUGCACUAUUAUAAUGGAAACAGAAGGGCAGCUCAUUCCUACUGGAGCAAGGCAGUGGACUGUGCCCUGCAGAGCUCUGGGGUGCUAGACUCAUGGGACGGGGUGUCGUGGGGUACAAGUUCCCUCCAACACCAACCCACCCUGAAGCAGGCUGGAGUCUGGGGCUGUCUGCAGGGAGCUUUACUGACCGCUAAGAUCGCACAGUAUGCCUUYACCUCUAAUAUCAGUCAGCGCACAAAAUGCUGCCUCCUAUCUGCCCAGCUUUUCAAGUGUCUCCUGCGGGCCUCCCUGCCCCACCCUCAGAGUGACCUGCAGUACUCAUCCUAUACUGUAGGAGAGGAGCUGGUUCCUGGUCUGGACCUGUUCUCUGAACCUGACCGAGGACACCUGGGAACCACUGUGUCCAGCCUGGCCUUCCUCUGCCACUGGCUCUACACCUCAGGACACCAUCUCACAGCCCUGCCUAUGCUUGCUCUCUACCUGCAUUUUGUGGGGACUGUUUGCCGAGACCCACACCUCACCAUUAAAGGAAGGAUACUGAAGGUGAAGGUGCUGACAGAGCUGGGGCAGUACUGUCAGGCCAUGAAGGAGACGUCCCAGAUGACUCAGGGAGAGGAGAUCCCACUGCCCCACGGAUGUUACAGCGGCAUAGAGAAACAUGCGACAAUCAGAAAGUUCUUCACCAACAAGUCUCUCAUGGACUCUGCAAACAUACAGGCCCUGGAGGACUUAGUGAACCGUCGUCUGGGCACAGAGGCCAGUGUUCUGUAUGGCCCCAGACUGAGCAGGCGUCUCACCCUGGCCAGAGUACAGCUCAUACUGGCCCUCAGCUCCACCAUACACUCCCUGCCUGAACCUCAAGAUAUCUCAGAUGGGGCGGUGCGUUGCAGUGUUGUGAGGAGGACAUCCAGUACCCCAGGUAUCCCUAACUCUCCCCCCGGAGAGAGGGAUAGUGACAGUGACAAAUCACAAGGUGGCUCCCCCACCAGGAAGACCAGGGAGCCCAAAGGACUGCACCUUGACCCCCAGAAAGACAAGCUCACCCUCAGCAAAUUAAAGGCGUUACUGCUGAGAGAGGUGUGUCGUCUCCUGAGCCCCCAGCUGCAGCUCUGUCUUUCCUCUCAGCUCCACUCUGACCCUGAGGAACUGGAGCUGGCUAUAGACACCUACCUGCUACUGUCUAACCUCUACCUGCAGCAAGGCAAAACCGCUUACAGUGCUGACAUGGCAGUGUCUGCUAUGAGUCUGCUCCAGAACUCUCCCAUCACUCUGAGGGGAAGCCCCUCCCCUGUCCACAGACCCCUCUCCACCUCCCUCAGAAGACAGUCCAGACCUAAGAGUGAACAGGGCAGUAUGAGGGAGGCAGAGCACCAUGCCCCCAGUCCACAGCCAGGUGACUGUCCCCAGGCAGUAGAGGCCAGAGAGAGGAUGGAACGGUCUCUGUGGCUCCACUGUAGACUGGCUGUGGUACGCAGUCUGGUCGCACACAUCCCUGGCACUGCCAUCUACCCAGUAACAUGGACAGCCUCACGUGUGGGAGCGCGCCACAAGCGUGUUGAGGAGCCAGGCGCCGGCCCAGCCCAUUCCUGCCCGCCUCUCAAGCAGACCCUGCCCCCGUCCGCCUGGCGUGCCUGCUGA